CCGUGAAUUGAAUAGAGAAUUCCCUCUAAGUCUGUGAUUGACCGGCAGCAUAAAUUCUGUAAAGUUUCAUCAUCAUCUCCAAAAAAUAUAUUUAUUAUUAUUUUUUGCUUCACAUUCACGAGGUCCACUCAAAAUUAUUACCCGCGUUUUUAAAGCCUCUGUAAAAUCACUGCCUCUCCUCUUCUUCCUCCUCUCCUCUCCUCUCCUCUCAUAAUUCACUUUCUUCUUUCACUUCCAUGGAAACCCCCAAUUCCACUCCAAAUUAUUGAGUCAUCUUGACCCACAGCAGUUUUUGCUCUAAAAUCUUUCUGACAUAUGGCAGCUUAUGCCGCUUCACUCUCUUCAUGGAUCCCGGAAGAUGACAUCCUGUUAAAGAACGCUGUUGAGGCGGGUGCUUCUCUGGAAGCACUUGCUAAAGGUGCAGUGAGGUUUUCCCGCAAGUUUUCAAUAGCAGAAUUGCAACAUCGGUGGCAUUCUCUCCUCUAUGACCCUGUUAUUGCUGCAGAGGCUGCUGCUCACAUGGCAGAGUUUGAACUUUCUGCUGCUAAUAAUGAAGCAAAGUCAAUUAGGUCUGCUGCUUGUGGGGACCAUUCAGAGGCUCCUCAAAAAAGAAAAGCCGAGAGUGUUCGAAGACUGUAUUAUGCCUUGCGUAAAAGAACUUGUACCCAAUCUUUAAACUCUUGCAAUCUUUGUUUUUUGGCUUCACCAAACAUGAGUGACGGUGUUGGAGAUGGUGCUGCUUUUCAAGAGCAUGGAAGCAUUCACUAUGAAACUCCAGUUGAAAGUUCCAUGCUUGGAGAUUGUGUGCAGAACUGUUUUGAGUUACAGGAAAUGGAUAUAGAUUACUUGCAUCAUGGGCCACAAGAUAAUAAUUUCAUUAAAGAGUCAUUAGCGCAUCACAGUUAUGAGCAGGAAAAUGUGCAUGAAGAUUCAGCACAUGUUCUGGGAGAGACAUCGGUUGGCUUUGAGAAUUGCCCUGUUGUUAAGGGAGUGGAACCCUCAGAUGCAUUGCUAGAAAAGGAUGCACCUUUUCACGUAUUGGGAUAUUCAUCUUCACAAUCUAGGACACCUCUCUGGAAAACAAUGGAGUUCAAUCCAACACCUGAAAUGCCUAUCAAUAUGAGCCACGGAGAUGAAAGUCAGAGUUCAAUAGAGAAAUAUAUACUUGCAGAUGACAUGAAUGAGAAGAGAAUGGUUUUACCUACCAACCCAGAAUUUGAUUUAGGUUAUCUUUCAGACACCCUUCUAAACUUUGGGAAUGAGGAGGAGCUUCAUUUCAUUGAUGCAGACAAUAAAAAAUCUAUUGAUAAGUCUUUCCAUGAUAAUAUUAAUCCAACAGUAUUGAGUUCUACUAAUGACAUCCAUGAAGACAACAUACCUGAUGUUAAAGAACCUCAUACAUGCCCUGUGAUGCUUGAUGGUUCAAAUCAUGCUGAAUUGGAGGUUAUUGGUGAAAAAUCAAGCAUUAGUCAUGACAAUCAACAUAAUAUUUUUUGCUCAGAAGUCAAUGUACCAUCGUCUACGUUAAUACCCAAUCCUCCAUCUCAUGACCUACUGGAUGGGGAGAUGUUCUGCACAUUGAACACUGAGGACAAAGAAAUUCCUGGCAAUGAUGAUUUUAUUCCAAGUAAAGUAGUUGCUUCUUUGGCUCCACAAACAAGUUAUAAAGGGGCAAGUGCACUGGCUUCCUCAUUUGAUGCUCAAAAGGAUAGUGAACAAAAGCUAGGAAGUACGAAGAAAGAUAACUGUUCUACACAAUAUUUUACUGCUUCACACACAAGAGUGUCAGACAUGUUUCCAGGAUCCAAUCACAACCCUCGACUUUGUGGUACCCGAGACAAAUCCAAGUCCAUUGAUGUUAACAGUCGUAAUAGUAUCUCCAGACAGGUUAACACUGCACAUGGAGAUGUUAGCCAAUACAGAUCAGACUUUCCAGCCCAAACGUCUCUUACCCAUGCAAAACUGAAGGAAAAAUCGCUACAAACAAGUUCUGCUACAGAUGUGCUAUUACACACAAAAUCUAGUUCCACUAGGAACAAUAUUCCUGAACCAGAAGUGAAUCCCUCAACCUUAGAUCCAGAAGCCAUACUGCAUGAGGAAGAAUAUGAGAGUGAUGAUCAUAUUCCAGACUUUUCUGAUAUUGAAUCAAUGAUACUGGAUUUGGAUUUGUGUCCAGAAGAACUUGAUACAUGUUUUAAUACAAAAGUGUCAAGGUAUCAACAUGACGAUACUAAGAAGACAAUCAUUAGAUUGGAGCAAUGUGCUCAAUCUUGUAUUCAAAGAGCUAUUGGAUACCAAGGGGCACUUGCCCUCUUGUAUGGACGCCAUACAAAGCAUUAUAUCAAGGAAAGUGAGGUGAUACUAGGCAGAGCAACGGAUGAUGUUGAUGUUGAUAUUGACUUGGGAAGAGAAGGACGGGCCAACAAAAUAUCUAGACGACAGGCACUGAUAAAGUUGGAAGAAGGUGGCUCCUUCAUUUUGAGAAAUCUUGGUAGGAGUUCUAUAUUUUUGAAUGGCAAAGAAAUUACUACAGGCCAGGGCUUCAGUCUAAGUCCAAAUACUCUGAUUCAGAUCAGGGAUUUGUCAUUCAUGUUUGAAAUACACCAAGUGAAUGUGAGGCGAUAUCUGGCUAAUGUCACGAGAACAAACUUAGAAAAAAAGGCCAAAUUUGAAUGGUCUAAUGAUGGGGUUCCAUGAUUUGUGAAAGCCAGAAUUAUUUGUUUGCAUCAGGUACUAUUUUCUCUAAAAUACUAAUCGAACUCUUGUUAGAAUUAACAAAUAUGAUAGGGAUAUCUGUGUGUAGCUCAAGUGAUGUAUAGCAUUGUAGAAAGCACUUGAUGCUAUGUAGUAUUAAGGAAUGAAUGUAAAUAUAUUAUAUCUAGCGUGACGGUUUAUGAUUCCCCUUUAAAAAAUAUAUAAAAGAAUAGUGAGGAAGAGGUUUAAUUUGAAA